UACACGUGACAAAGCGUUUUGAUCUCAUAUUUUCCAUCACUAUGAUUUUGUAAUUAUGUAUGAUGUUGCAUCAAGACUUUAAUCACUCUAUAUUUAUUCAUCUAGUUUACAUAUGGUGUAUAACUGAUAAUCCAGUGAAAUGAUUUUCACCUUCUUCGUAACUGCUGUUAUGACUACUACCAGGAUCUCAAAUGCUAGCCAGAUGAGAGUUUGUAGUUCAUACCCUUUUGUAUGUGUGGACCCAUUAGACCUCUCUUCAACAUCUGUAGAGAUUUCACCUUGCUGGAGAGAGAUUGGGAAAAGACCAUGUCUGUGCUGGCAAAAAUGGACUGUUGCUGAGACUAAAUUCAAUCAUCUACUGUGCUCAGUAGGUGCAAAUGGCACUGAGUCACCUCUUGAAUGCCAUGGAAAUGCUGAUUGUGAGAAGUUUGGAGAGCAGAUAUCGUGCAAGCAAGUAUUACACUGUGCUUGUCGAGAUCUAAAUUCUGAACAUGCCAUAGUGAAUAACCCAUAUAGUAACUGGGUUUCUCUGAACUUGUGUGCACUGAAUCUUACACCUCGAAAGGAUCAAGAAUCUAAAACCAACAAAGAUGUGGAGAAAGAUGGUGAUGCAAAGGUGUUUACUCGAGAUCACUUGAUUUUAUUGAUAGUGUUUAUCCUUGUUCCUUUGCUGUGUUGGUGUGGAUUGCAUUCCUACAGUGAGGGUUCAUGUAUGAAAAAUGGAAAUUGUGAGUGCAAGAUUUUGAAGUCCUGUUGGGUUGAUAAUGGACAAGUUGUGGAAUACACUAGCUGUAGUCAGGUGGUUACACGCACAGAUGGAGAAGAAACUCAAGCCAGCAUUAAUGUUGACACACCUACUUCACAUGCCAGUCAGUCACAGCCCAAUUCAUCCAUUUCUGAAAUGUGCCCAUCUGUAGCACAGUAUCCAGUGGUCAAUAUGACAGGAGUUGUGGUUCAAGUAAAAAAAUCUCCUCAACCUGCCAGACCCCCAAGAUAUGAAGAAGUUGUAGUUACAAAUGAGGAAGUUGGGCCUCCCCCUACUUAUAAUGAUGCUGUGAAUAUUGAAGGUGAUACAAUAAGGCAAGUAUGGCAGACCAUGCUUGUGGUUCAUCCAAGGUAUCACUGACAGUAUACAUAUUCAAGAAAGAUGUAUCUUUUAAAAGUUACCUGUGUAAUGUGAAAGUGUGAAAUAACAUUAGACAGAUUGAUGUUGUGCUGCAGUGGGUAAUGCUGAAAGCCAUCAACAGAUCUUUUUUAUGACAUACUCAGAAGAUACACAGAUUUUAGACAUUGUUAUUAAUCAGUUUAAUAUAGGCCAUUUUGGGUUAAAUGUGCAUCAUGUAGCAUUAAGAUAUCCAUGUGGUCAGUGAGGAAAUAUUCUACAGCUGCAGAGAUUUUUGAAACUGAGCUGGUGGUAAUUUUGUCUAUAUAGAAAUGUAGAAUAAGUGAAAUUAUAUGGGUCUACCCCCUUGUUAACCAACUGUAAAUACAAAUGGUGUAUGUUGUAUUAUAAGUAUUACCUCAUUCUGUAGUGUGUUUCUGUGAAAAGUGAUUUUAUGUAGAUUUUUCUAUAAUCAAGAUUUUAUUUUUUGAGAAAUAAACUUUUUUGAAACA